AUUGGAUAAAACACCAUCUAUUACCGUAGCAGAUAGUCGCAGACCCGCACGUGUGUGGGUAAAUACACUUACAAUUUUAACUAAAACAUAUGAUCAUGGAUCGACAAGGCUUCGUUCAAGACAUAGAGUUUGCUUUAUUGAAAGGGGUAACACCCAUGAUAGACAGUUCUGAUUUCGAAAGAGAGGCUAAUGCAAGAGAACUUCUGAAAUAUGCAUCCGAAGGCCAAUUUGAGCAGGCAUUAUCAUCAAUAUUGCCCAGGUGUAUUCUCAGUGAUAUCAAAAAUACAACUCCAGUGGACCAGAUAGUUGACAUAAUUCAAACAUGUGUCAAGUCAUAUGUGUCAUCAGGAGGGUCAGAAUCAUGGAGGCAAUUAGAGAUUUUGUUGGCAGCUAUAUGCAGUCUCCAGUUGUUUGUUCAGAACAAUUGGACUGGUCCUCCAACUAACAAAGACCCAGUGCAGUUUUUGCCUUAUGAAGAAUCAGAGUUUGAAAAAAUCAAAUAUCAUGUCCUGGAUUCCCUACAAGUAGAUGGUGAAUCAGCUUACCCACUUGCAAGGUUUCCAUUGUAUCUGCUCAUUGCAAAAACUUUGUUGCAAGAUUGCAGAGAGUCCAUGUCUGGUUGUAUUAGUAAUGACUGGUGGCUGUUUAGAUGUCUUGUGACGCAUCAAAAGUUGCUACAGGAGAGGUCACCCACUCUCAAGACAGCUGUUGUGGACCUCAUUGAUUCUGUUUCGAAAAAUGAUACCUUGCUUGAAAAUAAUGAAAACAGACUUCUCAAGAUGCAGUUUUACAUGGAAGCACACGCUGCCAGUAUGUUCUAUUUUGAGAACACCAAAGCUAAACAACUCAUUGAAGUGGUUCAAAAAGGAUCUGGACUACAAAUUGAGUUAACUGGUGCUCUUGGUAAACGCAGCAGAUAUCAAAAAGAAGACCAAGCCGAGUUGAUCCUGAAAGUUUCCAGGCAAUCAGAGGCAGGAGAUAGCAGAGAUAGUGAGAGGGCAGAGGAAACCAUGUCUAAGGAGAUAGAGACUGGAGGAAAUGGAGAUCGUGAGAAGGCAAAGGAAACAGCCAGUGCAGCAGAGAGUGGGAAAGAGCCAGAAAAGAUAAUGCCCAAGGAUAUAAGUCUGAAUGAUGAUACAUUCCUGAACCAUAUAGAGUUUACGGAUGAAAAUAAUCCUUUAAAUUACAGCGUAUCUGCAGUUGAACAAGCUAUUGUUUUGAGCGUUUGCUUGGACAUGCGUUACAAUAACCCUGCUCAUGAAAGAUUAACUGAUGUUGCAACCCUAGCUUUUAUUCAUACACUUCUACACCUUCCCCAAGACUGGUGUGUUCAGACUGUGGCCCUGAAUAUGAGGUCCCAGUUGGAGAAGGACAGCAGACGUCGAGUGGAGCGAUCUAUGAUGCAGCUUGAGGAAUUAGUGAAACAAUUUGAUCGCCCUGAACCAGAUGGCAGAACGAGAUUGUCCUUGGUUUACUGUACGAAUCUCCCUCCCAAGUGGAAAAUACAGGAAGAUUUGGGUGAUUUCUUUGUGAGUUUGGGUUGUAUCAGCAGUGCCAUGGAGACCUUUGAGAAAGUAGAAAACUGGGACAAACUGAUUGUGUGCUAUGUGCAAUUGGAAAAGAAAGACAAGGCGGAGAAAGUGAUUCGUGAAAGGCUGGCAGUUAAGGAAACUCCAGACUUGUGGUGCUACCUGGGAGAUGUUCUACAGGAUGAACAAUAUUAUAACAAAGCAUGGGAAUUGUCUAAUCACAGAAGUGGCAGAUCACAGAAGUUGCUUGGGUUCUUGUACCUGAGGACAGGGAAAUACAAAGAGUGCAUUGAAUGCUUUGAGAAAUCUUUGAGCAUAAAUUAUCUGCAGAUCCCAGUGUGGUACUCCUGUGGCUGUGCUUGUUUAUUGGUGCAAGAUUUCAAGAAAGCUGCCAAUGCAUUCAGGAAUUGUGUUACACUGGAAAGUGAUAAUUUUGAAGCUUGGAAUAACCUUUCACUUGCAUACAUUCGAUCAGGUCAAAAAGAAAGAGCAUUCAGGACACUCCAAGAAGCAGUAAAAUGUGACUAUAAUAACUGGAGGAUAUGGGAGAACAUAUUAAUAACAGCUGCAGAUGUUGGUGAAUUCACACAUCUUAUAAGAGCAUACCACAGACUUCUGGAUAUCAGAGAUAAACAUGAAGAUCCCUUGGUUUUAGAGAUUUUAGUGAAAGCCAUCAACCAGGACCUUUCGGAUGCCCAAGACAAGCCAGCCUCCAAACUAAGAUCCAAGGCCCUGGAACUGUUUGGAAGGAUUACUUCCAAGGUGACAAACAGUGCCUCCAUCUGGCACUCCUACAGUGAACUAGUUAAAGGACAGGAGAACUUGUCUCUUGAAGAUGAGGAAAAAGCUCUACAACACCUCCAGAAGUCUCACAGGUGUCUGACACUGGUGGCAAACUGGGAGAAAGAGGUCUCCAAGUGUGAGAAAAUCUGCAAGAGGUCAAUACAGUUAGCAGAAGCAUACACAAGUUACUGUGAGAAGUGUGGGAAUACAGCCACAGCCAUACAGACAGCCUCUGCCUGCAAGCUGAUGCUCAGAGGAGUUCUCUCAAAGAUCAAGCAAAAACAGUCGACAUCUGCUGAGAGUGUGGUGCCUGAACUUCAAGAAGACUACAACAAAUUGGAGGAACACUUGCAGGAGACAGAACAGUUGCUAACAAGAUUAAAAUCCGCAUCUUGACUUUCUGGAAUUUCAAACUUUUUGUUCGUUUAAAGCCAUUUCUCGUCUAGAUACUGGACAACAACUAAAAGCAGGAAGACGACUUUCACUAGUCUCUCUUUUUGUGGUGCAACAACAGUAUAAUGUGAGACAUUGCAUAUCUAUCUUAAAACACUUUUCUACGAUGGGUCAAGUCUUAAAUUUACAACAAACAUGUCCACUAAUAUUGAAUGUAAGCAGCAAAAGAGG